GAUUAAUUCGUUUUGAAUUCGGUAUUGUAUUCUAGCUUGUCUUGCAAGUUGCAACGCUGAUAAAGACAAAGAACCAAAUGGCGCCAAAGACGAAGAAGAAGGAGCUCCCGCAUUCAUCCGAUCAACCGGGAAUGUUUGAUGGAAUGGUGGUCUUCUUGGUCGAAAAGGGAGUACAAGCACGAAGGCUACAGAUUUGGAAGCAGAAAUUGGUGCAAAUGGGAGCUACUAUUGAGGAUCGCCUUUCAAAGAAGGUUACCCAUAUUUUUGCAAUGAACUCAAAAGACCUUCUCCAACAAGUGGACAGCGAACACUUAAAACGCUUUAAAGGAAAUGUACUCCUCUACCAGUGGCUUGAGGACAGCUUGAGAUCUGGAGAAAAGGUGGCAGAGGAUUCAUACAAUCUAAAUUUGGAUUCAGAAGAAGGUAAUGAUCCUGAAAAAUCUUUAGAAGGUAUCUGUUCAAAACCAACCAAGGAAAACAAUUACAGUGAUGAGAAGUUGCCACAUUGCAAAAGGAUCAGAUUCCUUUCAGAUGAUUUAAAAGUUGUAAAUGAGCAAGAUAGUAGUACAAGUCCAGUAUCUUCUAAUCCACAUGCCCCUGUUGCUUCAAAUAAAGAUGUCAAUACUUCAGAGCUAGCCUUGUGCUAUAAUCCACCUGAUUUAAACAGGAACAUCACUGAAAUAUUUGGAAAGCUUAUAGACAUAUACAGAGCGCUAGGUGAUGAACGGAGGUCAUUUAGCUAUUACAAGGCUAUUCCGGUGAUUGAGAAGUUGCCUUUCAAAAUUGAAAGUGUGGAGCAAGUAAAACAUUUGCCAGCAAUUGGGAAAUCACUGCAAGAUCAUAUUCAUGAAAUAAUUACUACUGGGAAGUUAUCAAAAUUGGAGCACUUUGAGACAGAUGAGAAGGCCCAGAGAUUGACUAUUACAGUGAUAAUUUCAGACAUGGUGCGGACAAUUACUCUGUUUGGGGAUGUUUGGGGUAUUGGUCCAGCCACUGCUCUAAAAUUAUAUGAAAAAGGAUACCGUACACUAGAUGAUCUGAAGAAUGAGGAAUCGCUAACAAAUGCACAGAAGUUGGGAUUGAAAUAUUUUGAUGAUAUCAAGAAGAGGAUUCCACGCAAUGAGGUUCAAGAUAUGGAACUUAUUUUACAGAAAGCUGGAGAAGAUGUUUUACCUGGGGUAGUUAUUAUAUGUGGAGGAUCAUUCAGGCGUGGGAAAGCUACUUGUGGGGACUUGGACAUUAUAAUUACCCAUCCUGAUGGGAAAAGUCAUAAAGGAUUCCUCCCAAAGUAUGUAAAGCAUCUGAAAGACAUGAGGUUUUUAAGAGAAGAUCUGGUAUUUAGUACUCACAGUGAGGAGGGUACUAAUUCAGGGGUUGAUACAUACUUUGGUCUUUGUACAUAUCCUGGUCGAGAACAGCGGCAUCGCAUAGAUCUGAAGGUCUACCCAAGGGAUAUAUCUGCAUUUGGACUGAUAGCAUGGACAGGAAAUGAUGUAUUAAAUAGGAGGUUGAGGUUACUUGCUGAAUCGAAAGGGUACCGGCUUGAUGAUACAGGUCUUUUUUUACGGAGUACAAAAGGUAGUCCGAGAUUGACUUUGAAGACAGAGAUGGAAGUAUUUGAUUUCCUGGGGUUUCCUUGGCUUGAACCUCAUGAGAGGAAUUUGUGACUCGGUAGAAUUUUAUAUUUUGUAUAUAUGUAAUGUGACACUUGUAAAGUAGGCAGGCAACAUAUCCGAUCUUUACUUGAUUCA